GCGAGCUCAGCCGCCGCCAUGGCCACGCAGGUGCAGAGUCUGCCGCCCAACCCGUUGCCGCCGCCUCACGGGGCCCAGGCCCCGGAGCAACCGCGCCCGGAGCCGGCCCAGGCCUCGGGACACACCCAGGCUCAGGCCCCGGCACAGGGCCAGGCCGCGGGGUCCGAGCAGGCAGCCACGCAGGCCGGGGCCGGCACCAGGCCCGAGGCCAAGCGCCUCAUGGCAGCCCCGCCGCCCAAGGUGAACCCGUGGAGUAAAGCGGCCUGUGCCGGUGAGACCGGCACGCUCAGUCCGGCGCCGCCCGCAGAGCCCGGGCCUGGGGCCGCACCCGGGAACGGGUCCGAACCCCCGGGGCAGGCCGGAGACAGCGCCGAAGAAGCGAGAGCCGGCAGUGGCCGCAGGAAGGAGUUCAUCGAGGCGCCGCCACCCAGGGUCAACCCCUGGACCAGGAGAGUGAGCGGGAGCGGCGUGGACACCGAGCCAGAAAUGCCAGCACCAGCUAAAGUCGUCAAAGCAGGGAACCCAAGACCAAAGAAAGGAGCCAAGGUCAGCGAUUUUGGUGACACCACAAACUGGCCCACACCUGGUGAAAUUGUCAAUAACAAGACAUGGGAGCCGGUCAUUUCCUCUGAGCAUCCACAGAACAGUAAGCCACAGCAGAACAAAAAACCUCCCGCGAGGAAGGAACGGCCAGAGAAAUGCGACAGCAGUGAGAGCAAAGAGAACCAGAAAGCCAAAUCGGAUGAAUCACCAGAGGAACGGAGCGCCGAUGAGGAUUCGCAGAAAUCUACACAGAAGAGAAAAGGUUACAAGCAAAAGUGGGUCCCACUACAAUUGGACGUAAAAUCGGAGGGUACACAGGACAAGCCAGCAUCUCGCAGCAACUCGCGCCCCCAGACGGAGCCUCUGCGACCACCGGUCAAUAACAGGAAUGACUCAAAAGGCUACCAUCGUGAUGAAAAGCAUGACUCCCGGGAUUGGAGGGAAGACCGCGAUGAGAUUUCCAGUGUCAAAAGCGAGGGUGGAACAAUCCGAGGGGGCUUCAGGGGGCGAGGACGUGGACGAGGCCGGGGGAGGGGUCGUGGCAGAGGUGCUUCUCGCUCUCACUUUGACUAUCAUUACACCUACAACACAAACACCGACAGUAAUGAUGGAUUGUACAGGCCGAAAUUUGGUAGUGAUAUCAUCUAUUACUAUGACAAUCAGAGCAGUGCGGAGCUGUACACAAUGGACAAAAAGCUGCUCAAAGACUACAUCAAGAAACAGAUAGAGUACUACUUUAGUCUGGAUAACUUGGAAAGAGACUUUUUCCUGAGAAGAAAGAUGGAUGCUGAUGGUUUCCUGCCAGUCUCGUUAAUUGGAGGUUUUCACCGUGUCCAGGCAUUGACCACUGAUGUCAGUCUCAUCUUGGAGGCUUUGAAGGACAGCACUGAAGUGGAAGUGGUGGACAAGAAAAUCCGAAAAAAGGAAAACCCUGAAAAAUGGCCUCUUCCAGAGACAGACUUCACACGUUUACUGAAUUGCCCAGAAUUCAUUCCGGGGCAGACUUACAAAAAGCAGACUGAGUCGGCUCCAGGCUCUCCUCGGGCAGGAAGUGCUGCAAGUUCCAAGACUGAGGAGCCUAGUAACUUGAAGACUUUGCCAAAAGGCCUUUCCACCAGCCUCCCAGACCUGGAUUCUGACACAUGGAUAGAAGUGAAAAAGCGGCAUCGGCCAGCUCCUGCAAAACCAAAGAAAUCCGAGGAACCCAAAUCACAAACAUCACUGAAGCCGGACCAAGAAGAACAAGAGGAGCUGGACUUCAUGUUCGAUGAGGAGAUGGAGCAGAUGGUUGGGCGCAAGAACACGUUUACUGAUUGGUCUGAUGAAGAUUCUGACUGUGAAAUUGACGAUCGCGAUGUGAACAAGAUUCUGAUUGUGGCGCAGACACCCCCGUACUUGAGGAAACAUCCCGGUGGAGACAGGACAGGGAAUCAUGUCUCCAGGGCAAAACUGACAUCUGAGUUUGGUAAGGUCAUUAAUGACGGCCUUUACUACUACGAGCAGGAUCUGUGGAAAGAGGAUUAUGAGCCAGAAUAUUCAACUAUAAAGCAAGAAGUGGAAAAUUUCAAAAAGCUGAAUAUGAUCAGCAGAGAGGAGUUUGACACUCUGACCCCUGAACCACCUGUUGAUCCAAACCAAGAAGUUCCACCUGGACCACCAAGGCCCCAACAAGUACCAACAGAUGCAUUGGCCAAUAAGCUUUUUGGUGCAGCUGAACCACCGGUGUCUUGCAUGGCACGAUCUUUGCCAACAACUGUGCCAGAAUCACCGAACUACCGGGGUGCACGGACCCCUCGUACCCCGCGCACACCAAGGUUAAAGGAUCCAAGUCAAACGCCCAGAUUUUACCCUGUUGUGAAAGAAGGGAGGCCAUUGGAUGCAAAGACUCCUCGGAAGCGGAAAACAAGGCACAGCUCAAACCCCCCACUUGAGAGCCACGUGGGCUGGGUGAUGGAUUCAAGAGAGCACCGGCCAAGGACAUCUUCCUUCAGCUCCAAUGCCAGCCCAUCAGAGGGAAUCCCGAUCGCUGGAAGCUACGGUUGUACCCCACAGUCCCUUCCCAAGUUCCAACAUCCCUCACAUGAACUGCUGAAGGAGAACGGAUUCACACAGCAUGUUUAUCACAAGUUCCGCAGGAGAUGCCUGAAUGAGCGUAAGAGGUUGGGAAUAGGACAGUCUCAGGAAAUGAACACGCUCUUCCGAUUCUGGUCAUUCUUCCUAAGAGAUCAUUUCAACAAGAAGAUGUAUGAAGAGUUCAGACAGUUAUCUGUUGAGGAUGGGGAAGAAGGAUAUAGAUAUGGACUGGAGUGCCUUUUCAGAUAUUAUAGCUAUGGCCUUGAAAGGAAAUUUAGACCGGAGAUCUUCAAGGAUUUCCAGGAAGAAACCAUUGUGGAUUAUGAAGCAGGGCAGCUGUAUGGAUUAGAAAAAUUCUGGGCCUAUCUAAAGUAUUCAAAAGCUAAGAAUCUGGACAUUGAGCCAAAACUUCAGGAAUACCUCAGCAAAUUUAAACGUCUGGAAGAUUUCCGGGUGGACCCUCCAAUUUGUGAUGAAGUUGGCCGCAAGCGUCAUUCUUUAACAGCUGAUGAGAAACGGCGCCUGCCAUCGUUGUCUUCCAUUAAAAUGACGAGCGCCAUCAGUGAGGCUGAGACUGGGUCACAGCUCCCCUCCAAAAGCACGACAGAAGGAGCCAACUCCACUCUGAGCCAGGACACUGCUUCAGCGGAAUCCCUGCAAGUGCAAAGUGCAAAAAAAUAGAGCUUGGACUCUGCCCCUCAACCCUGGAUCUUUUAUUUGAACUUUUGGUAUUGUCACCUCAAUGACUGACAGAAAAACUGGGCCCGAUAUCAGACAUUCUUCAAUGCUGGGCAGUGGACAAGUGCAUCAGCUGCCUGAAGACUUGUAUUCAAAGCCAGUUUCACGUCCUUCACCCAUAUGAAUGAAUGUUGCAUGAGAACAGUUGGCUAAAAUACAAUUCACCUGCUUGAUUUAGGGGUCGACAAUACAGCUUCACUCAGAUAUCCAGAAAACACAAAAAAAAACAAAAAAAAUCAAAACCCGUCCCUUGAGAACGGGAUUAAAAAGAUGCCUUAUUACUGCCUGCUCCUGUUUCUGGGCAGCAUAUAGUUAAAUUCUGCUCGCUCGGCUAAUGACUCUCCUAUUGGCCUGCUAGUCUUGAUAAAAUUAUCAGUUCCUUAUCCUGGAUUUUGAAUUGUCAAGAUUUUGUUUGUACCCGAUUUAAAGUUACCGCAGGCGGGAUCAAAAAGGUGAUUUAAAACAGAAAUCCUAUAGAGUGGCAGAUACUUUUCUGUCCGGCCUUAUUCCGCUUGUUCAUGGUAAAGGACAUCAGUCUGAUAACCAGAGAUAAAGACAUUAGGAAGUAGCCAUGGCAACGGCUCAUUGACCCCACAUCAAACUAUUGAUCAAAGCCACUGCUGCAGUGCCUUUGGCCACAAAUGUUUUAUUGCUCCUGUCCAGUUGUCUUUUUCCCUUCUCCCAAACUCAAACCGCCAUCACCUUGAAAAACGCUACAGUCCGACUUCAUCUUAGUUGGUGAGCUGCCUGCUUGGAGUAACAAUCAGUAACAUUGCUGAAAUUUAUAUUGGGCAACAUCAUUCUCAAAAUGUGUGUUACGUAGGGAUGUCGCAGUGUGAUUUAUUUUUGAUGUACUGUACAGUGGUAAUCUUAACUCCCAUUAUUCUAGCUGUUGUUCUGGAAAUGCGACCAUCACUAGGAGCACAAGGCUUGGUGUUUUCUUUUUGUUAAUCAUUGUCACAUUAGUGUGGUCUGGUUAGCAGUAUAUAGGAAAACUGAGCCCUGUGAUUAUUGCAGAUUUGCUACAUCAAAGUAUAUUGGGACAUGCUAUUGUGAUAUUUGUAAUAUCAGAUUAUUAUGUUGUGAUUGGUAUGCAUGUUUCUCAUGGAUGGGGUAAGUUGCAUAAUUGGGCCCUAGAGAAGUUGGUACUAGGAGCAGCCUGGUAGCUUUGCUUUUCUAACUACAGCUCAGAGCUCAGAUUCUGGACUGCCUUUUCCUCAAGGGGGACUGUUGGCAAGAGUUUGAUCAGUCAGUGGCCAGCUAGUUGGAUGGCACUCUUGGUGAUAGAAAAUGCACUUUCUCUGCUCUCCCUUAUUGAGUGCAUUUGGCGCUCGUUCUUGUUCACUCGGUCUCCCUCUCACUUGUUCUUUCUUUGUUCUCGUUCUCUCUCUCUCUCUCGCUUUUUCUUUCACUCCUCCUCUCUCUCGCUCACUCAGCAGGCUUUGUUUUCCCAGGGCCGCCAUGCCCUCCCAGCUAGCUGAGUCAAUGUUGGUGAAAUGCCCUGGGCUGCUUAGGAGGGUAUGUGCAAUGUAAACAGUGGGAAAAGGCUCCGGUAUCCCCAUGUAACCAGUUUGACUUGAUUUUUUAUUUGGCUAGUCCGAUCUGCCAUUGUAAAAUCAGGUAUGUUAGUGCUGAUUGAGUGCUGGGUGCAACUUCUGUCUUCCUCUCUCCUCCAGGCUGAAUUUCCUGAAGGACUAGCUCCUGAAUCCGAAGCUCUUAUCCAUGUUGUUGAAUGUUUUAACUUCAGGCUAACAUUUGCCAUUGAUGCUAAUUCUUUCUGAAGAUGAGUCAGUUAAACAGCAGCCACUUGUAGGAUAUGAAAACCUGGCCAAAGCAGGUCAGUUUAAGGAGUUUUGAGUAUUGUGUGAGUACUGGGGAAUAACCCUGCUUCCCAGUGUGAUUUUGAAAACACUUAUUGUUUACACCAUACACUUAGGGAGUCCCAGUGACUCUCAGGAGUUCCUGUAAUGCAGGACUAUGAUCACUUGUAAAUCAGUCGGGUUUGACCAAUUUAACCAGAAUUUUCAUGCAAAUCAGACUGACAUAUUUGUAACUAAAAGGCUGCAUCGUUGGCAGUAUUCAGGGUCGAGGUAUCCUGAAUGCUUAGCCAGCUCAGUUAGGAGAAUGUGAAGCUGCUUUUAUUUAAAAGAGAAAUACUUUAAAAAUGCCUCUGCUAGACAGGAACCUAGAUCUUGAACAUGUUUUAUUUCAGGUAACUUGGAAUAUUUGGUAAGCUUCUCUUUGCUUAUGCUAAACUCACACUUGCAUUUAGAACUCGUGUCUGAUUCAUGGGGCGAUUUGUAUAUAAUGUGAGACCAUGAAAUUAUCGCUGAAUGUCAUUUUUUUCCUAAGUGAGAAAUAUUCAAGAAUCUAGCCAUAUUUGCCAAAGAAAUUCUGGUUUCACAGAUGCUGGAUAUAAGUCAGUUGCACAUAUUAUUUAAAAAAAAAGGUGCUGUGGAUUUAUUCUGUGUUUCUCUGGGUUAAAGGCACAGCUUCCACCAACAGCUAGGUAAAAUACAUUUUUCUUCCCUUUGAACCAUUUGCCUCUGUGCCCCACUGCCCCAUGUUCUGUACUUGGACCUUCCAUCCUCUCUAUGUCCAGCAUUGUUUACCUGAACACCUGCCCAUUCUCCCCGUGUCACGUAUUGUCUGCUUGAACACUGGCCCAUUCUCCUCAUGUCCCAUAUUGUCUAUCUGAACACCUGCCCAUUCUCCUCAUGUCCCAUAUUGUCUAUCUGAACACCUGCCCAUUCUCCGUGUCGCGUAUUGUUUACCUGAACACCUGUCCAUUCUCCCCGUGUCCCGUAUUGUUUACCUGAACACCUGCCCAUUCUCCCGGGGCUAUUGUUUACCUGAAAACCUGCCCAUUCUCCCGGGGGUAUUGUUUACCUGAACACCUGCCCAUUCUUCGUGUCCCGUAUUGUCUACCUGAACAUCUGCCCAUUCCUGGGGGUAUUGUUUACCUGAACACCUGCCCAUUCUAUUUCUAGUUUGUCUGCCACUGUUGGACACUGCAGCCUGCUAACAGACAAAGUAUCAGAGCUUAAAUCAUAGUCAGAUGAGUAGUAUUCCAGAUUCAAACAUGUUGUUGUGAAGUCAUGCCUAAUAACUAUCCAGUUACUAGGAGGGAAUUGAAACCAUCUUUCCAUCAACUGAUCACUCUCACAAGCAGUAGUGCUCCGUGAAAAGAUCGGGCACCUCUGGAACAGAGCUCAAUGUUAGAGCCCUUCUUCCUUCCACCGUGACUUGCUCCAGUAUAGUUUUUAAUUGUUUUAGCAAACCUUAGAUUAUAUAGCAAAGGGCAAUGAAAGGCUUCCUCCUUUUGAGUGAGGCUUCCUCAGUGUGAGUGGAGAAAGGCACCCGGGCAAGCCUGUUCUUUACAAUCAGAAUGACGGGGGUGGGGCGAAUAGAGGUUAAAGUACAAGGUAUAGCACUCAAUUCAGACUGCUGUAAACGUAUCUUCCAAGUGUUUCUUGCUGAAGUACAUGGAGUCACUGUGCAGCUGUUAAUGACUGUAGUUCAUGUACUGAAUGAUGAACCCAACUUCGUUGUGGAAUAUCCAGCUUCAACCCUGUGUAAGUAACUGUGUGUUCCCGGGAGUGGGUUUAAUACUCGGUGUAACUCCGCGCUUUCAGGAGCUGGUUUAACACUCAGUGUAACUGCGCAUUCCCAGGAGCCACAGUAUCCACUCGUUCUAGUUUAUUUUGUUCUGCAAGUGUUCCCUUCAGAUGUUUUAAGUUUUUGUCUGUAUAAGUGACUGGAUGUUCCUUCAAAACAUUCAGUAUUUGGGAGUCCCCAAAUGAUUGUAUGACUUCUAAAUAAUUUCUAUUCUAAGCUUGUAAACUAUACAUGAGAUUUCACUUUUGCAGUAAUGCUCAUGUUCAGAAAGACCCUAAAUUGACAAUUGGAAUUAAGAGAUGGAAUGUUUCAUAUAUGGUCACUCUCCAGACAGGAAUCCACAGCCCCCUCAAUAUUAGGCAGUCACACGUCAAACAACGUGACUGAGAAUUCAAAACAUCCCUCUUUUUUCAAAUUACUGAGAGUUACAGAAAGUCCUGAGAAUGUGUAGUGAAGUGUUCAGGGUUCGGGCAACCCUGGGCAGGGGGAGAUGUGUCCCUCCAGUUGUUCAGAAUUAUCUAGUUUGUUAAAUCUUUGGAAAAGUUCCACAUUUAAGCUUGCUUCUAGCUUUCUUGAAACUCUGCAUGAGUUGUGAAGCUAUUGGGAAAAGUGUGAUGAUUCUAUCUUGCUAAAUGUGCUGUUUAGUUCAUUUACUCCAGAAUCUAGUCCUGUUCUCUCUGGAAUAAUAGCAGUUGUGUGAAAUUACUGGAGCAAAUCCUCAGUUACAGUGACACACAAGUUCUGCCCUUGAUUGCAGCUUGGACUUGCUGCAAGUUGCUCUGCUGUUGACCCAGCAGCAGAUAUCAGUUCAGUAAUGUGAUCUCACUGAGAACGUUUGUGAAUCCCUCAGAGUGAAGCCUCCGAUCUCCCAAGAUUUCAAAUCCAGAGCAGGGUAGAAAGUGGUGAGUUAGAGCAGAAUACUUCACUGCACUAAGCAGCAUUGAUAUACUUGACAAGAGUGGUUGCCUGAAACUGGUGAAGAAUUGGACUGGGUGCCUUGCUGGCCUAGUACACGAGUUUAUAUCAAUGUUACUGUUUACAGCAAAGAUUGGGGGAGGAUCCUGGUAGAAUUGAAUAUGAACUCGGAUAUGUAAAUAGUGCACGAGCUGGUAUAGUGCUUUGAGUGCAUCUUUAAAAACAGCUUCGUGAAUUCUGGGCUUGUUUAUCAGUUUUUUGUGCCAGGAGCUGAAUGAGGGGGGGGGAAAUGGGUGCGUUUCUUGGAACAUUUAAUUUUAUUUCCAAUAUUCAACUCUCAAAUUAUUGAGCUGUAAAUGUGCUAGAUUUGGCAAGACAGUUGUUUGUUCUGAGAGAUCGGGCUUGCACUAAUUUUCUUUCUUUGAUAGACAUACUUCCCACCGACCUUUCUUCAUUAGGAAAGUCCAAACCAGUAUGUAAGCCCAUUCUAAUUAGCAAGUUUCACAUUAGUUCAUUUCACUUCAACCUCCAACCAUUUCACACACACACACAACUGCUUCAAGUCAUUAUGCUUAAUCUUUUUAAUUCCAUCCAAAUCUUAGUAAAUGGGAUUUUAGUUUAUUUUAAUUUGAAUGCUACUGCACGUAACAGGGAAUAAGAGCUUGUCCUUUAAAGUGCAAACUUGUACAGGAACCACGCACAGUGCCAGGGGCUCCACAUAUUGCAAUCCUGCCCCAAGUGGGUUGGAGCCUCAAGGGCUGGGGUUGGCCAGGUCUUUGCGGCUGCAGACUGACCUCUGCUGGUAAUUGUAUAUGCUGGAACACUAGUGCGAUUAUAUUUUAAAUAUGAAUGUCACUGCAUAUAGGGGGGAAUACGAGUGUGUCCUUUCGAGGGCAAAUUUAUAAUUGAACCACACACAGGUUCCUUAUAUUGCCCCAUGGGCUUCAGCAGCUGUGUCCUCACAAGCUGGGACCUCCAGGGCUAGGCAGCUAUGCCCUCGCCAGCUGCAGUUUGACUUCUGAUGAUAAACACGAAUGCUGGAACACUAGUACGUUUCUAUUUACCGGCUUCUCCUUCCCAGCCCAAAAUAAUUCAACAUCCAGACCCUGUUAUUCUCGUCUCUGAAUUUGAAAUGCCUCCUUCCGGUAGAACUUCUGUGUUUAAAAGUCUGUAUUUCCCAUUGAGAGCUGAGAACUCCCAUUUCAGCUGCUUCAAUACUUACGCUCCCAGCUUUCAAUUGCCAGGAAUGUAAUCACGUGGUUCAGCUUUGAGCACAACCUAUUGUAAAAUAGAUUGACAGGUUGAUGGUUUGAAAAGGAAUCCAGUGCUUUCAUGAGCCAGGAAUCACCUCUUACAGCAGCGUGUGGCUCAGUAUUUAUUACAAUUCCUUAGCAGUUUAAAUAUAGACUUGCAGAGCCAGGCUGAGUGAAAUAUUAACCUGAAGUGGAAUGCCCAGAGUGCCUGCUUAGGAUGCUGGUGAGUCUCCUUAUCCUGGCUGCUGGAAUAUUAGAAACUACAACAAAUGCAGAUUUAUCCCACUUUUAAAAACAAACUUGUAAAAUACUUGAACAAGAGCUUGUAACAUAAACUAUUAAUCACUUAGAGUAUUUGCUUUUUAGUCUGAUGUGGUUCCUUCUGGGUAGUGUUUUGCCCUUUGUAAUUUGUGGUAAUUCUGCUUUCCUUUUAUAUAAAAAAAAUCAGUUAAAAUGUACAAAAAAUAAAAAAAAAACACAAACGA